AUGGAUGCCCCUCCCCCAAUCUAUGCCUACGAAACGGCGUAUAGAUCCUCUGCAGGCUUGGAAACGGAAAAUGACGUGGUCUUUGGCGAUGAGAGUCAAGGCGAUGAGAGUCAAGACCAGAUAUCUGGAGGUGAUGAGGUGGAGAUUGGUGACGAGGUGGAGAUUGGUGACGAGGUGGAGAUCGGUGGUGGCGACAGCGGAGACGACAUGGAGAGUUUGGCGGGUGCGUUGGACGAGGAAUUGACGGUGGAGGAGCGCGAGCAGCAGCGCGUAGCCAAGGCGGCUGCAAGUGGUCUGAAUAUGGCGAAGGAGGUGGUCAAUUUGGAAGGGGACUAUUGUAAUAGUGUGUGCUUAUGCGUGAGUAGCUUGCGAUCGGUUAUAGCAGGUGGUUUACAAGAGAGGGACAUUUUAAGUUCGAUGAAGAGGCUGUUAGAUUUAUGGAAGCAUUCGUGGCGACCAGAUUCUGAGUUGUUACAAGAUACAGGUUGGGACGUGUCCAUGCUGGCUAAUCGGCGGGUAAUCGAGAGGCUAUUACUUGGACCGGACUUGGACUUCGCUUCUAAUGUUCUCAUUCCGUUACUUUUGUCCCAUCAUGACUCCGUUGUCGAGCAUUCUAUUCUACUCGCCCAACGGCUUUCCGAACCGCCACAUCAAGACUUCAUUUCUCUCUACCCCCAGAAGGAUCUUGCCGACUACAACCGGAAUUUACAACGCUUCAAGACUGCCCUUGUCCGGCCCCUGGUCGUAGCCGAGUGGAAGUCAACCGUCCUUAAACUCAAACAGGAUAUGGACCGCGGGGGCUUCAGUGCGUUAGACCUCGAACGGUUAGACUCCAUCCAAACCCUCUUCGAUCACACUCAGUCUACGGACCGAGUCUACCUUACUCGACGACACGUCGAACUCGGCCUCUAUGACGAGUCCGAGGUACCCGCCGUACUCAUGCAAGACACUAGUCUACAACCUAGUCAACUACAAUCUACUCAACUACAAUCUACUCAGCAAUCCUUUCCUGACAAGGCUCGCUCCGUUAUGGGGUCUCAGGUACUCGUCAGGUGUCGCCGUGAACUCGACGGACUGCAGACCAAGAAGCAGCAACGGAAGAUCUUCAUAAGCAAGAUGAUGCUUGCUAUCAAACGGUUAAUUGUCAACCUCCUUAACAUCUGCACAGACUUCGGCAAGGACCUGGCCGCCGAAGAUCACAAUCUCAAGCUCAUUGGCUACCUUCUUGACAAUGACCUGCACGACCUCUUUCUUUCCGAGUGGAAGUGUCUCUGGGAGCACGAAGCCCACCUGCCCGACAAACGAAUUGAAGAACGGAAGGACAAUCAGGGCCUAAUUUUAGGCAGCGAUUGGUCUGUACGCAAACCUCCGAACCACAUUCCCGACCCAGUUCUUCUCACCCCACCCCACCCCCCUGACCCCAUCCCCCCCACCGCAUUCUUCUCACCGCAUACUUCUCGCGUUCUUCUCACUUCUCACAUUUUAUGGCGAGCCCUGGAGUUUCAAUACCAAUUGAGUCGUUAUACGAGUCCUAUCGAGAUCGCGUUGGCGGCCAGCAACAAGCUGAUGGGUGGGUCAGGUGAGUCAGGCUCAGGUGGGCCGGGUUCGGAUGUGCCGGUUUCCGAGCUCUGUGGUUUCCAGGUUCGUCCUAUCACGAUUGCGGAUACUGACAACUUACGGCGUUCUACAAUAUCCCGGUUGCAACGCCUAAGUUACAAACACCCUUGGGAGCGUCCCGGGGAUCGUCAGCGGUUCACCAAAGUGAUAUCCUUAGUGCACAAAAACAGUAAGGCGGAGUUGAUUGAGAGCGGCGAACUCCGGUACGGCUCGGAGGACGUGCUGAGAAUCCUCUCUUCCGACUUUGACUCCCAUGUGGGCGGUUCUGACUCCUAUGUGGGCGGUUCUGACUCCCAUGUGGGCGGUUCCCAGAUGGGCUCACGCGUGGGCGGGAGACUUUUGGACGAGCAGGGGAUGGGUCGUUGUGCGGACUUUAUGGUGGAGUAUCUGAGUCAAGGCGGCUUCGAUAAGUUCUGGUCAGCAUGGGUGCAGGAUGUGGAGCAGCAGACGCUGGAUUUUGAAGUGUCCGGUCCGAGUGUGUGUCGGAUCAUUAAUGUGAUGAACGCAUGGGCCCAAUUCCUAUUCACCACCUCCGCCAAACCCGUGCUCAAGGAGGUUGGAAAAGGCCUCUUUAACAACAUAUCCAAAAGUAAAUGUCCUUCACACAUGAGCGCCUUACUCCGUAAAUAUACCACCUCUAAUGCUGAAUUUGAACUGCUUAUCUUCACCCUCCUGUGCAUCGACCAACUCUCCACCGCCGCCGCGCAAAUCAGUACCGUCGCCGAUCGUACCCGACGGAAAGUCUACGCCAAAGGCAGAAGAGCCGGUGCCGCCGCGCAACUUGAUUUCAACCUCGACGCCGACGGUGGUGACCCAAGUGGUGGUGGUGGUGGUAACCCAAGUGGUGGUGGUAACCCAAGUGGCGGUGGUGGUGGUGGCAACACCGGCGGGAGCCAGCAGGAAGCGGUGCGUCAGUGUCAGUCGUUGUUCCGGUACGCGGUGUGUGAACCACGCACGUUGUACAAGUUGUUGAUUCUGGCGGCAAAGUCGAGUUUGUUACCUGAGGCUUUACGCCGUGCGGUGUUCGGUUUAUUGGACUCGCUGGCCGGUACGGAUAUGGGGAGUGUUAUUGCAUGGGAUCUGCAGCGUGCGGGUAUCUUGCACGCGAUCUUGACAAAUCCGGAUCCUUUGGCGAGCAGUGUGAAGCAAAUUAUUAUGGAGUCGAUUCGAUUGUUGGCGAACACACAUCGUGUGAACAAGUUUGUGACGUGUGAAACAUUGUUUGGAGUCUGGCUGACGGAUGGUGAGUAUAGCGUGCAGGACAUUCUGUCGCAAUAUGAACAUACUGUUUCGAGAGCGGCGGCCGUCUCGGGAUUGAGGGGAGUUAAUUGGACUCUGGCGGAUACCCGUCUGGUUAUGCAUGCGUAUGAGAAGGCCAAGCAUAGUGGCGGCCGAGGCGUACUCCGACAGAUCCGUAUAAUGCUUGACCGUGAUGAGUGGGAAGAGCGCGUUCGUGCACUCGACUUAGUGGAUGAGAUACUAUUUGGCGAAACUACCAGCGCUUCUGCACAAAGGGAUAUCCGUAUCUGUAACUGGAUUCUACAUGGAGUAGAUGACAAAAUCACCGACUCAUAUACCGUCGAACAACUCGUCAAUGCCACACAUACCACUCAUUCGGGCGGUACGCACUCUCCCUCCAACGCCCUUUCCUGCGAUCCUCAAUUCGUCGACUUGCUCCAAAAAAUCAAGCCGUACCUACUCCGAAAUGGCGGCACCCUCGACGACGUGGCCGUUGGUAUCAUCAUCACCUGCAUCGUCGCCGAAAUCAUGAGAGCUGAGCUCAAUGAACACUUCGGAAGACCCGCACGGCGUUUUGUCCAACGUAGGAGCCGAAACCAAGCCAUGACGGACGACGACGAGAGCGACGAGAGCAACGACGACGAGAGCAACGACAAUGGGAACGAUCAAUACAACGUGGGGGAUCCGGACAACGACCUCCGAAGGAAAGAACCCCCUACCUGCGGAACCAGCUACAUACAACAAAUCGCCAGAUACGUCCAAGGCGUGUGCAAUGAGCGUAAAGACAUCAUAUUAUGUCAUCCCACAAUUCCUGCCACGGCGAGUAGGGAUGAAUUAUUGACCAAAGGGCAGAGUUCCCAUUUGCCUGUGUGGGUUCAGGGUGCUAUCAAUUUGAUAACUAUUUUGGUAAAUGUUAAUCCUAUUGAAAUGAAGACAUUCGAUCAAGUUCCGUUAGCUACGUUGGAGAUGAGAUCAUACUUAGCGUUGUUGUCUGCGAGUCGGCCAUUACCGGAGUUGGAGAGCAAGGUAGAUAAGAUUGACAAGAAUCAACAGAAUAAUAUGCGCGUACAGAUACCGGAGAUUUAUUCUGUUCUUGAGAAGACAAGAGAUAUGAUAGUUAGAUAUGGUGAUAUCAUAGAUGAUCUGGACACCAUUCUGAAAAAGACAAUACUUAUAUUAGAAGCAUUUUGUGCUACACAAGAUCUCAAUGUCGAAAAAAUUACUCUGGGUUCAAAUGAGGGGGAGGAAGAAGAAGACAAUGAUGCCGUUACACAUCUACCCUUUGCCUUGAAGACCUUCCGUAAUGCCAAUCUUCAGGAUACUAGUGCUCACAAUCGUGAAAGAGAUUAUACAGAAGAACAGGAUGCUGGUAGUGUUGAAGGGGCGCAGAAAAUAUGGAGUUAUGAUCCAUGGAAAAAAGUUGAGGAGGAAAUGGCCACCCUUACAAAGCCGGAAAUGACCUUGGAAGAAUUGGUUGAUGGACUUGCACUGCCCAAUUUGAAAGAUAAGCAACAGGCUAAAAUAGAUAGGACAAAGAAUUAUCCACUUGGUAUCUUAUCACAUAGUUUACAAUACCAGUGCUGGUUACAUAGCCUUGGAGGAACGGCUGAUAGAAAAACAAAUCCCGGCAAAUGGGAGUGGAAUUCUGCUAGAAUUAGCAAGCCAAAAUUAGGAAAGAUGCUCCUGUUGGCUCGCUACGUGCUGUCUACGUCUUAUAUAAAGGUUAAUGACGUUGAUGGGGGCACGUUUAAUGUAGACCACAUGGGCUACAUACUAAGUCAGGUCCAGUCCUUGACAGAAGAGAUUGAGGUCUGGAAAUUGCUUUGUACCUUCAAGAAGGAAUAUCAUGUCCCCGCAGAUUUAGAUGAGGAUAUUUUCGUGGAUAAACCACAGUACAAAUUCACUAAGAAGCCUCAGCGAAAUGGUCCAUUGGAGCACACAGCAGGCCGGCCUGCUGAGGGGAAGUCUACGACUGCCGAUGUAGAACCCAAGGUUGUGGAUCAUACAGACCAGACUGCCGGGUCCCAGUCCAAACCGAAGCGUCGAAUUAACAUCAGACGUAAAGCAAAGCUGAAUAAUGAAAAUAACCAGCAGUCGGAAGCUGCAAAGGAAUCCCGUGAGGAAGUCGCUCCUGAAGAGGACCGUGUUGUGGACGACGGUGUUGUGGACGCCGGUGUUGUGGACGACGGUGUUGUGGACGACGGUGUUGUGACCGCGGGUCUGGUGGACGAUGACCUCGAUGCGAACGGAACGGAUUUACUGGCUAUAGAGGAUGGUUAUGACUCCAGUGCUGAAUUGCAAAGAAAUAUUGCAGAUGUAGGCCUCGGAAAGGAGAACGUGGAGUGGGAAGAAUGGAGGAAGGUCUUAGAUGAACCGACCGUGGAGCCGGAAGGUCGGGCGAUUAGAAAGCCCGCAAUGGAUAUCCAGGAAGUAGCUGGAAAUGAGAUCACCUCGUUGAUCUGGAACGAUCUGGAUGGAGAUGAUCUCGAUCUAUUUGGUAGUAUAGCUAGUAUACUGGAUUAA